AUGGUGCCGAGGCUGGAGCGCGGCGGCGGUGGCGGGUUCCAGCUCCCCAACUCCGAGCAGGAGAACUCGCUCUUCCUCCGCGCGCUCAUCUCCGUCGUGUCCGGGGACACCGCGGCCCCCGCCCUGCACCCGGAGCCAUCGAACCCGCCGUUUGCCGCUGCCGCUGCCGCUCCGGCGGCGACGACCGGGUCGAGCAGCGAGGGGGAGGAGUGCUCGGCCGCGAGCUUCGUGAGGAACGGCGGCGUGGGCAAGCGGCGGGCUGGCGGCGGCGGGAGCAAGUUCAGGGGCGUGCGGCAGCGGCCGUGGGGCAAGUGGGCGGCGGAGAUCCGCGACCCGCACCGCGCCGUGCGCAAGUGGCUCGGCACCUUCGACACCGCCGCCGAGGCCGCGCGCGCCUACGACGUCGCCGCGCUCGAGUUCCGCGGCCACCGCGCCAAGCUCAACUUCCCGGCGUCGUCGUCGGCGGCCUCCGCGUCCGCGUCCGCGUCCGCGUCCGCUUCCGCUUCCUCCUGGGCGGCUGCGCAGCCCCAUCCCCAGCGGCAGCAAAGGCCGGAGAGCCCUCGCGAGAAGUGCGGGUCAAAUGCGUCGUCGCCGGCGCACGUGCCGGAGCAGGGGAGGCCGGUGGCGCGGGAGCAGGAGAUCUGGGACGGGCUGCACGAGAUCAUGAUGAUGGACGACGGCAGCUUCUGGUCCAACCCCAAGCCAUGA